CCUCGAGAGUGGCGUUUAUGUCGUGUCUGCAGGGUUGCCGUAGAGGACGAGGUGCAUGCCCUCCUGUCUUGUACUAUCGCUCCAGGUUUGAUAGAGCUUCACCGAACGUUUGUUGCCGACACCCAUGCUUUAUGUCCCAUUUUAAGCAACGCAUGGGGAUAUCUUGCCGUCGAUGACUGGUUGGCAUGCCUCUUACAAUUGCCAGUGUUGGAGGCUUGAUUGGCACAAUGUGUAUCGUGUACUGGAGAUAUUCAGAACUACACCUGUAUAUAUUCCUCCACAGAAGCUUUGGUCACAUAGCUAAUCGUAAUAGUACAUUUCUGCUGGACGUAGAACUCUUGUGAGGCCUGUUGUGAGAACGUUGAACCUUACACUCUUCCCUCGGUCCCUGUGGCAGUAUCAAACCCGUGAGACGUUCCCAGCUCGCAACUGGUGAAUAUCACAGCGGCACGGUGCUGCUAUGGUCUGUGACACGUUUCGUGGCGGCACAGAACCCCGGUGUUCCUUAUUGGGACCGCAUACCGGUUUUCUAAACUCUAAACUCUUUGGUCCUUCUCGCAAUCUUCUCGUCGCUACUUCUACGCCUACGCCCGAGUUUAUGCUCAGCCUCGCCAAAUUAUGCACCCGAAUCGCAGUUUAUCUGGAGAAAAGUUCUGGUAGGAGACACAGAAUUCUGAACAAGACGUUGGAAACGAGUUCUACAGGCCAUGAGCGAUCUGACCAUCUACGUUCGAAAUUCGAUAUCAAGAGCCGAAAGGACUCUGAGGGCUAUGGGCUGCGCCCUGAGGCCCAGUCAAAAGUCCGUCGAGCCGGUUUGAGCCAAAUCGAGCUGCAGAAAUUACCAUAUAGCGUGGUCGACCCGGAUCAAGCGGCGUCAUACAAGAAGGCUUUGAACUCCAAACUUUCGCCUCUUCCAUUAGCACAUCCAAGGAUUACCGGACCUCUUACUGAUAUCUGGAUAUCUUUGAGUCGCUCCAUAAGCCGUCUAGGCAUCGCUAUGGGUGUGGCCAUGGUAUGUUCUAUUCCAUAUAUGCGUGUAUUUCUGAGCUCGCUAAGCCAAAUCUUAUACAGGUCUCGCUUGCCAUCAUUCCAGCUGGCUUCGACUUCUGCAGUCUAUUUCGAUACAUUUAUCUUCACGUUGCGAAAUGCGGUUGGGGUAUCCGAGCAGGACAGGGCUAGCCGUGGGCAGAACGGAAAGGGUUAUGCUACUUAGCAUAUGUAGUAGUGAUGUGGUUCUAUACAUAUUAAUAGCAAAGAAAUUGAGCCCUACGAAGCCUAACAGAACCCUAUGGUAAUGACAUACCGAGCUCGAAACAGCUCGAUUUGAG